AUGAAAAUUGACCAAUAUUUCGGACUAGUUCUUAGUGUUCCAGACAUGUUCCUCAAGUUUCAGUCGCGGUUCUCCAUCACCACCCUUUCUCUCUUUAAAAACAACAAAAACUCGACGUUUGACCCACAAAGUCAUGCGAUCCAGAUCUUCGAGACCUCACUCAGCUCAAUUGUCGCUUCGAGUUGCUGCAUGAUGGCAGGGUUAUUGACCUUAGUGGUGGUAUUGUGUUUGAUCAAUAUCGGAUGGAGUCAGGAAGCGCCGUACAGGAUCCACACAUUGUUUUCAGUUGAAUGCCAAAAUUACUUCGACUGGCAGACGGUGGGGCUCGUUCAUAGCUUCCGGAAAUCCGGUCAACCAGGCCCGAUUACACGGCUUCUCAGCUGCACUGAUGAGGAGAAGAAGAGUUAUAGAGGAAUGGACUUGGCUCCCACCUUUGAAGUCCCUUCCAUGAGUAGACACCCUAGAACUGGUGACUGGUACCCUGCGAUUAACAAACCAGCAGGAGUUGUUCAUUGGCUCAAACACAGUAAAGAUGCACAAAAUGUUGAUUGGGUUGUUAUCCUAGAUGCAGAUAUGAUCAUCAGAGGUCCAAUUCUACCAUGGGAGAUUGGUGCAGAGAAAGGCAGACCUGUUGCUGCCUAUUACGGCUACUUAGUGGGAUGUGACAAUAUACUCGCCAAAUUGCACACAAAGAACCCAGAACUAUGUGACAAAGUUGGUGGGCUCUUAGCCAUGCAUAUAGAUGAUCUUAGAGCUUUAGCACCAAUGUGGCUUUCCAAAACAGAAGAAGUGAGAGAAGACACUGCUCAUUGGUCAACAAAUAUCACUGGUGAUAUUUAUGGCAAAGGGUGGAUCAGUGAGAUGUAUGGAUACUCAUUUGGUGCAGCAGAGGUGGGACUUCGACAUAAAAUUAAUGAUAAUCUAAUGAUCUACCCUGGAUAUAUUCCACGUGAGGGCGUUGAACCUAUUCUUAUGCAUUAUGGCUUACCAUUUUCUGUUGGAAACUGGUCUUUUAGUAAAUUAGAACACCAUGAAGAUGAUAUUGUAUAUGACUGUGGACGCCUCUUCCCUGAACCUCCUUUCCCCCGAGAGGUGAAAGCAAUGGAACCUGAUAAACACAAAGUAAGGGGGCUUUUCUUGAAUUUAGAAUGUAUUAAUACACUAAACCAAGGUCUGAUAAUACAACACGCAGCAUUCGGAUGCCCAAAACCAAAAUGGUCAAAAUAUUUGAGUUUCUUGAAAAGCAAACACUUUGCUGAGUUGACUCAACCGAAAGAAUGUAGCACGUAUUUUGAUUGGCAAACUGUUGGUUUGAUGCACAGCUUUGGACUGAGUGGACAACCUGGAAAUAUUACACGGCUUCUUAGUUGUACAGAAGAAGAUUUGAAAAAAUACAAAGGUCAUGAUUUGGCUCCCACACAUUAUGUCCCUUCUAUGAGUCGACAUCCAUUAACAGGCGAUUGGUAUCCAGCUAUUAAUAAACCAGCUGCAGUCCUUCAUUGGCUUAAUCAUGUCAAAACAGAUGCAGAAUUUAUAGUAAUUCUUGAUGCUGAUAUGAUCAUGAGAGGACCAAUUACACCAUGGGAGUUUAAAGCAGCAAAAGGCAAACCAGUUUCAACUCCUUACGAUUACCUUAUUGGGUGUGACAACGAGCUUGCAAAACUCCAUACUAGCCACCCUGAAGCUUGUGAUAAAGUUGGUGGUGUGAUCAUAAUGCACAUAGAUGAUCUCAGAAAGUUUGCUCUUUUAUGGUUGCAUAAAACAGAGGAAGUUAGAGCUGAUACUGCUCAUUAUGGGAAAAAUAUAACCGGUGAUAUUUAUGAAACUGGGUGGAUUAGUGAAAUGUAUGGCUAUUCCUUUGGUGCAGCUGAGUUGAAGUUGCAGCAUGUUAUAAGCCGUGAGAUUAUGAUAUACCCCGGGUAUGCUCCAGAACCCGGUGUUAAGUAUCGGGUAUUUCAUUAUGGAUUAGAUUUUAGGGUUGGGAACUGGAGUUUUGAUAAAGCAAACUGGAGGGACGUUGACUUGGUCAACAACUGUUGGGCAAAGUUUCCUGAUCCGCCCGAAACUUCAGAAGCUGACCGAACAAAUGAGGAAGCUUACCAACGUGACUUGCUAAGUAUAGAAUGCGGGAAGACACUGAAUGAAGCUCUUCAGUUACACCAUGAAAAGAGGAGAUGUGGUGAUGUGAGGGAAAGUUCCCGGGUCCCACCUCCACCAGAUAUGGAGAUAGUUGAUGAAGUUAAGUUUGAGAGAAGUGGUAAUAUGUCUGAAAAGGUGGUGGACCAAUUGUUGCCUUCUGAAUCCAGUCAGACAUUUCUUGAUUUUAGAUUUUGGAUGAUUUUUUUGUGGGGGUCUUCGGUUUUGGGAUUUGGGGUAGUGAUGAUGGUGAUACUUAGAGGUAAAAGGCAGAAGAAAAGAGGGAAAAAGAGUAGGAGUGUGUCUUCGCGUGGUGAGUUUAAAGAGAAUUUGGGGAAUAGGUAAAGACUAAAGAAUUGAUGAUGUUGAAAUUGUGUGAGAGAUGAUGAUGACUUAAAAUGUGCAAUUUGUUAGAUUAUAUAAAAGAUUUUGAGAGUAUAUGAGUUGAAAGAUGUAAUUUAUAAGGUAUCACAUUUUUUGCUUUAAUGAUACUAUGAUCUACCUUUUUUUU